AUGCCUCCAACGUGUCCUUUCAACAGCAAAAAUGAAGUAAUGAAUGGAAUUUCAUCGAACGACAUUGUUCAAGACAAAUUAAUUCCUAUUCCAUCACAUCUGAAACAAUCAAAAUAUGGCUUUAAUGCCUUCUUACUUUUAUUACAAUAUGUUACGCCUUUUCAUCUGAUCGCAAUGGGUCUUUUUCUUUCACUUUUCCUACCAACAACCAUCAUUGCUAUUCUAUCGUUUGCAUUUUUUCUCUAUCCGUUGAUUAAACAAGUAUUACGAUACUACAAUUACCUACCAGUCCCAUAUUCGGAAUGUAUCAUUCGUUCAACAUAUAGUGCACGGUGUGAGGGAGAUUUCGUUGUUUUUCUAAUUGGUAUUCGACCAAAUGGUGCAAAUCCACUCACAAAAUCUUUUAAAGAAAUUGUCGCGGCAUUUCAGAAAAUGAUCGCAGAAUUAGAAGCCGAUCGUACGUUAGGUUAUAUGGGAGGUGAUCUGUACGUUAGUGCAAACAGUCGAAAGAGUGCGACUAUGUAUGUACAAUACUGGCGUAGCUAUGAAGCAUUACAGAAAUGGACACACACACGAUUAGGAACUCAUGUCAAAAUUAUGUCGGAGUACAUGAAAACGGAUCGGUUUGAAGGUGUCAAUGGAAUUUGGCAUGAAACAUAUAAAGUAAGAGAUGGUGAAUAUGAAUGCAUCUAUGGCAACAUGCCGCCAAUGGGCUUGGCUUUGGCAACACAAGCUGUGUAUGAGACAAAACUCAAUAAUGGGUCUAAGAGAAUGCAACAAAGACAAAAAGAAAAGGAAGCUCAAGGUUUUUAG